CCCCUCCGCCUGCGCGGAGAGUGGAGUGCUCCGGCUCGCUCUGGGCUCUGUUGUUGUGCAGAGCUGCAGAAGGCCUGACAGAGCCAGUUAGACAGGGAGAGAAAGAAGGCUGAGACAAACAGACAGAUGCAGACGCACUGGAUUUAGAGCUGUGAAUUCGUUUCAUCACCCAGCUCGAGCAGCGACACCAAAGAGGAAGGAUAGCAAAAAAGAAGAAAGAGAGAGGAAGGAGCAUCAGUGAAAGCAGGGGAAGUGAGAGAGAGUGAGAGGCAAGGUGAAGGAGGAGAAGGGAGGAAGGAAAGGGAGGGAGGAGGGAGGCUCAAGCAUGAGGAGGGGCGCCUGACUGACAUUGCUGGUAUCACUAUCAGCACACACACACACACACACACACACACACACACACACACACACACACACACACACACACACACACACACACACACACACACAUAUCGACGUAGGCAGCCGCACAGUCAGACAGACUGUGUGCUGCACAGUUUCUGGUCUUCUGUUAUCCUUUGUGUCCUCCAUCCUUUCUUCAAGAGGACACGAGAGACAUAGAGCAGAGGAAGAGGAGGAGUGGAAAAGACUAGAAGGAGGGGAGGCUGUAACCCUCUCGUCUCCUUUAUUCAGACACUCAGCAAAGAUAGGGAGAGAACAUUCAGAAAGAGAGAGAGAAAGCAGCUUUCUGUUCUAUUUCGCCGUCUCCUGUGGUCCCUCGACCAGAGAGCGGCUAACAGGCACCGCUCAUGUCCGUGAACUCAGAGAAAUCCUCGUCCCCUGAAAGACCUGAGACCCAGCAGAAAGCUCCAGUGAGUGCCCCUCCUCCUCCGCCACCUCCUCCACCUCCCCCUGAGCCGGCGGGGCCCCCAGAGCCGGAGGAGGAGAUCCUGGGCUCUGACGAUGAGGAGCAGGAGGACCCCGCAGACUACUGCAAAGGAGGGUACCAUCCGGUGAAGAUCGGGGAUUUAUUCAACGGGAGGUACCAUGUGAUCAGGAAGCUGGGAUGGGGCCACUUCUCCACCGUAUGGCUGUGCUGGGACAUACAAGUGAAGAACUUUGUGGCGAUGAAGGUGGUGAAGAGCGCCCAGCACUACACAGAGACGGCCUUGGAUGAAAUCAAGCUGCUGCGAUGUGUGAGAGAGAGCGAUCCCAGUGAUCCCAACAAGGAUAUGGUGGUUCAGCUGAUUGAUGACUUCAAGAUCUCCGGAGUCAAUGGCAUACAUGUGUGUAUGGUGUUUGAAGUGCUGGGUCAUCACCUGCUGAAAUGGAUAAUAAAAUCCAACUACCAAGGUCUGCCGCUGGCAUGUGUCAAGAGCAUAAUCAGACAGGUCCUGCAGGGUCUGGACUACCUCCACGCGAAGUGUAAAAUCAUCCACACAGACAUCAAGCCAGAGAACAUCCUGAUGUGUGUAGAUGAUGUUUUUGUCAGACGCAUGGCCAUGGAGGCCACUGAAUGGCAGAAAGCUGGGGCUCCUCCUCCAUCCGGAUCAGCAGUUAGCACAGCCCCCCAGCUCAAACCGGUGAGUACAACAGAUGUGGGAAAGAUUUCCAAGAACAAGAAGAAGAAGCUGAAGAAGAAACAAAAGCGGCAAGCUGAGCUUCUGGAAAGGCGAAUGUUGGAGAUCGAAGCCCUGGAGAGAGAGGCUGAGAAAAAAGAGGAGAGAGCCAAAGAAGGAGGGGACAAAGGUGCAACUGAACACAACCCGUCUUCCCCGUUGCCGCGGGCGCCUCCGCAUCUCGGCCCCAGCAUGGCCCAGGGAGAGAGUGACGACGACGACGACGAUGAGGAGGAUGGAGAGGAUGAAGAGGAAGAAGCAGGAGAGAGAGAGAGGCCCAUCAGGUUGACUAAUCAUACCUGUGCAGCGCCUCCCCAGGAGCAGAGUGAGGCACCUCACAUCCCUGUUGAUAACCCAGAUGUGGAGGCGGAAGAAGAAGAAGAAGAAGAAGAGGACGAAGAUGAGCCUACGCCUGUCGCUGAAAAAGAUGCCCCGAUUCCGCCAAUCUUAAUCUUAGAGGAUGGUAACAAAGAUUCAACACAAGCAGAGGUAGAGAAAGAGGAGGGAGAGGAGCGGAAAGAGGAUGAGGGAAUAAAAGGGACAGAGGAUGACACUGUGGAGGAGAAGGUAGUGGAGGAGCAGCAGGAGGAGGAAGAGGACGACGAGGAGGAUGACGAGGAGGAGGAAGAGGGUAAAGAGACUGAUAAAGAGGCAGAGGAAACUGAGGCAGAGGAGCCAAAGAUUGAGUGCAAAACGGAGAAGGAGGCCUUGGUGCAAGAAGAGGACGUAAAAAAGCACGAGGGUGAGGAGGAAGAGGAGGAGGAGGAGGAGGAAGAGGAGGAGGAAGAAGAAGAAGAAGAGGAUGACGAGGAUGAUGAGACUGACGAUGAUACCACGACAGCCGACCGCUUCACAGACAGCACCUCUCCCAAUAAUCCCCGCAUCAAUAAAACUAAUUUGACUAAAACAAAUGGGCAUGUUUUGUUGGGCUCUGAGGGACGCGGACAGAAUCUUUGCACUCCUCCGCCUCCUUCCCCGACCCCCGAGCCUCUCCUCUGCCCCCUGGUGGAGUCUGAGCUCAGCUACACCGACAGGGACCUCUCUCUCAGCUCUGGAUACGAGAUGUACAACGGCGAGGUGGCAGAGCGGGGGAUGACCAACGGCUCCAGCGAACGACACAAGGGCACGAUGCCCCUGUUCCCCGACCUGCCGCUGGAUCCUGCGCCGGGAAACCCCAUUUCAGUCGGGACUGCAGACAUCGGAGCAGAACACGCACCCCACACCCCCGCUGCAGACCGUAGUCGCACUGUGUCAUCUUCAAGCACAGGAGACACGCCCAAAGUCAGGGCCAGAGCUGCAGACCUCCUGGUCAACCCACUAGACCCCCGCAAUGCCGAGUCUAUCAGAGUCAAAAUCGCCGACCUGGGAAAUGCCUGCUGGGUGCAUAAGCACUUUACAGAGGACAUCCAGACGAGACAGUACCGGUCCAUUGAAGUCCUGAUAGGAGCUGGGUACAGUACUCCGGCUGACAUCUGGAGUACCGCCUGCAUGGCAUUCGAGUUGGCCACAGGAGAUUACCUGUUUGAGCCUCACUCCGGAGAAGACUACUCCCGUGACGAGGACCACAUAGCUCACAUCAUAGAGCUGCUGGGCUGUAUUCCAAGACACUUUGCGCUCUCUGGAAAAUAUUCCCGGGAGUUCUUCAACAGAAGAGACCACAUCGCUCUGAUCACGGAGCUCCUUGGGAAGGUCCCACGCAAAGUGUUCGCUGCCGGGAAGUACAGCCGAGAGUUUUUCUCCAAGAAAGGUGAGCUGCGGCACAUCACCAAGCUGAAGCCGUGGUCGCUGUUCGACGUGUUGGUGGAAAAGUACGGCUGGGCACACGAAGAUGCGGGACACUUCACUCACUUCCUUCUGCCCAUGCUGGAGAUGGUUCCAGAGAAGAGGGCCUCAGCCAGCGAAUGCCUAAACCACCCCUGGCUCACCUCGUAGCCACAAACUCUGAUCAAUCACCCUCCUCCUCCUCCUCCUCCUCUUGCCCCCCUCUCCCCUCCCCAACUGUCUGUCCAGCAUCGCCCUCUGGUGGUGGCCUGCAGAAACCACAAUGUGGAGAGAAGCUGAAGAUCAACAGAUGAAAAAAGACUUCCUUCCUGCUCUGUCCCACACCUCCAUUACACGCUCACCUGAGUAGGCUUCAUUUCUACACGUCUGUUCCCCCAAGAGGAAUGUAAAGACGAGUUGGUGGAGAUAUGGUACAGCGGUUGUAUCUUCCUCGACGUUUUUCAGAAAGAGUCAGAUGAUGACGUUGCCCGCUUUAUUAAAGAGACGAGUCAGGGUAAAACACAGUGAAAGGCAUGUGCUAUUUUUUUUUUGUCUCUUCUGCUGUCAAAAAGUCAGCCAUUUUCUUGCCUAUGUCUGCCUCUCUCUUGUUUUUAGUCUUAACUGGUUUGGAUUCGGGCUGCUGAUCUUCUCAGCGUUGUGACUGCAAAGUCAACAAACAGCCUUCUUGCACUGCUGACGGCCCCAAGCUUCUAGGACCACUACUUCGUCUGGGCCUCAACACAACGGGAGUAUGUGUGAUGAUAUGUGUGAGAAUUGAGCGUAUGUGCCUGUGCUCUAGAUCUGCCUAUGUCGGCCCUCCUCCUCCUCCUCUCUCUCCAGCCUACUUCCCUUCUCUAAUCCCGGAAGAAGUACCCACAUUACACUUAAAAGUUUACACCCUUACUUCUUCCGAGAACCCGAACCCAAAAAGCUCACAUCACACCCUAUAUUGCUCUCUUCUGUGCUUUAUGGUCCCUACUGAGGGAGGGACAGACUGACAGUUCUUAUUUUAACAGACAGAACAAGCGUGGAAUGGCCAAGUAACACAAAUUUAGUUUUUAAAGUCAAGGAGCACUGCUUGGUCUUAAAGACUUUGUUUUAAAAUGCAUAGAGAGACUAAUGGAUCGGCAUGAAGGAUUACCAGAAACAAACAAUGGAUUAUUUGUUUUGUUUGUGCAUUAGGUUCCAUCACAUCUCUCAGACAUUCUGAAUUUAUGUCAUUGCAUCAUUUGAGCAUCACCAUUUUACAGUUCCACGGUCAUCUUUUUGACAAUUCUCCAUCCAGAUCCGCUAUCCUCAUUUCCUAAAACAAUUCUGUUCAUUCCUUUUGUGGCACAUUUACCUGAUGUGAUUAGUAAUACUCAUCCAUAUUUUCCCUCUAGAGGAACCCAUAUAUCCCUGAGCUUCUCAUGAACGGUCACAUGGAGGUUGCACUUGUCUUUGUAAAUGUCCUUCAGGGAUUUGAAACAUUUGUAUAUAGAACUGAGAUCUGGCAACGCAAACAAGUGGCUGUGGACAAGAGAGUUCAACAAGCAAGCAUCAUUCCAAAUAAAAACAAAAAAUUUAAAAAAGAAAGAAAAAAAAAAGAGUGGCGUUGGUAGGACUUGACUUUUUCUUCCGUAAGUUGGACCGUAGAGGAACACGCAGACUGAACGGCUCCACCUGGUGGCUGUUCGGGGGUACUGCACCACCAUACUCACUGUUGCUCUCAGUGCCAACGCUCCAAGAUGUUCCUCUAUAUCUCUCUAUUUUAUCUGUUUCUCUGUCUCACACACACACACACACACACACACACACACACACAGACACACACACACACACACACACACACACACACACACACAAAA